GCUGGUCUGCCGCUGUAAUCGCUUCGUCCCACAGCUUGAUGGUGUCGGUCAAAGACAUGCUGGGCUGUGGGUGAGGGAGCGAGGGCAGCGAUGUGUCUUGCCCUGCGCUGGCUUGUCCAGAAACUACACAGUUCUAGACGCCGCCGCUUCUGUUUCCUCUACUGAAACGUUACAAAUGCAAUGUAACCGCAUGACUUGCUGCAGCUGUGACCGGACCAGUGACACAGGAAAUCAGUGCACUGACUUUGCCACUUGACUCAGCGACCAUGGCAAGGACCAGCUGAUGAUGAGGUGGUGGAAAUAUAACCAUUGCAAAGAUGUGGAUGGGUGAGAUAGGAGUAUUGACACCCUGUGCCGCUUGUAAUCUUCACGCCCUCCCGCUGUUUAGUGUUUAUUGAUUUUGUUUUUGUCGCUUGCAAACCAAUGCGUGGACUGGUCGGGUAGCUUCUGCAAGGUGUUUGUGAGGAGGAGACAGGCCGGACCGGGGAGGGUUGCUCUCCCGCAGUAACUGUGCUGCCUUCAUGUUUCCCCGGCAACAAAUAAGAGUAAACCACAACAGUCGCCGUCUCCCAGCGAGGGCCAGCUGCAGAAGCAGCAAACGGGCAGGAACAGGAGGAAGACAGACGGUGUUGAGAUUCGACAAUGCCAGAUACAGUGACAGUCUUUGGUGCUGACCGGAGGCUAGGGAAUGCUGUUGCCUCUGCCUUGCUGGAGGAUGGUGGUUUCACAGUGCGGGUGGUCGUGCAAGAGUUAACAUCUCCGAGCACCCAGCUUCUCCAGUCUGCGGGAGCACAUGCCUUGCUGGCUGAUGAGAACGACCCAGGCAGUGUGGACUGUGCUCUGAGCGACGCGCAUGGGUGCUUUGCCAUCACUCACACCGACUUCAACAGUGGCGACCCUCUGCAGGAUGAAAUUCGGCAGGGAUACAGGAUCGCGGACUUGUGUAAAAGGCACGAUGUCAGGCACGUUGUACUGACUGGGGCUCAUCAUGUUCACAGGAAGUACAGCCUCCCAGCCCGCCACCUGGAUGCUAAAGCCUGCAUCAACGACUACAUGACCGAACUCAAUCUGCCCAAGACGGAAAUAAUACUUCCAUUUUACUUUGAAGAUUUUCUGACAAAAUUCAAACCAAAACCAGCUGUAAACAACAUUUAUCAAAUUGCCAUCCCAAUGGGAGAGGUUGCGAUGGACGGAGUGAGCAUCAGGCAGAUUGGCCCGAUUGUGGCAGCCUUGUUCAGGAGCCCGGAACGCUGGAUCGGAAAGAGCUGCAGCCUGUCUGCGGGAAGGCUGACAGUACAGGAAUACGCACAGAUCCUCACCCGUCACCUGUACCCUAAGCAGUUCCAAGAUGCCCGGAUUUCACUCCGAGAGUUCGUGGCAUCCUUCGGAGGACCAGCGGCUCAGGACUUUGGGAAUAUGUUUGAAUUUUGGAAGAGAGGUGGACAGAAAAUGAAUAGUACUAUGAGCUUCGAACUCUAUCCAGAGUUACAAACAUUCCAGCAGUGGGUUUCAGAAAAUAAGACUUCACUGGUUUGUUAAAGGGCAGCUGAGAUCUAUGGAUGGAACAUAAUGCCCAUUUCUAAAAUGUUUCCAGAAGACAAGAUAUGGAUCUCCAUCAAUUGUGUGUACCAACAGAUGGAAUUCAGAAAUAAAGUUAUUCUUUCA